AAUUUUUUCUCUUAAAAUUUGAAACCUUAAUCAAAAGCAAACCCUGUCAUCAACAGUCACUCACUAUCUCUCCGACCUUUUGUUGGGCCCAUUUCUUCCUUCGAACUCCCUCCAUUAUUAAAUGAAUCUCCUCUUCCUUCAAUCUUCGCCAAUUCCUUCUUCACUUUCAAAUCCCCAUGGCUUCCGAUUCCACUUUCUGGCUUCCCCCCCACUUUCUCUCCGAUCACCACACCCUCCCCGGAAAACCCAUCGCCGCUCUUCAUUCUCCCCUUCAAUCUGUGCUUCUGAACGACGACGAUCAGGAAGACUUUCUUGCCGGCUUGACGCAACGCCUUACUCACUCCACCCUUCGUGAUCGUCACAAACUUGUCUCUCUCCACGAAUUCGAAGCGAAGACUAGAUCUCCUCAGUCUACUCUUAGUGGGUUUGGGAGUUGGUCGGCUUGGAGUUCGGUGUCCAGCGACGGCAGCCCAAACGGGCCAUCUCAGGCGCCGUCGCCGCCGGUAACCCCUUUUGGCAGCGAUGACAACACUUGGGAUCUUAUCUAUGCUGCUGCGAAACAAGUUGCUAGGCUCAAAGUGAACAAUAGCAGAGAUGGGGUUAUUGGUCCUUCUCAAAGUUCGUCAAAUCUUGUUUCUUCUGUCAAAGACGUUGGAUUUUAUUCCCACGCUCCGCAGUUUGGAACAGAGCUUCCGAUUCGUAAACCGGAGAGCAGUGUCAACUGGGGAAGACAAGUGAAGGCUGAGAAUCAGCGGAUCCAUUGCGGAGGCGGAGAUUUUCAUCAUAAAAAUGGGAGAAUUGUUGUUCGUCCUGUAGAUUUUUCUCAAUCCACAUGGUCAUCUAUGCAACGCAAUCACCAAAGAAACCCUUCUCAGUCGUGUGCUCCAGCCGUGCCCUCCACCUUCCAUGGAGGCGGAUCUGCCCCCAAAAAGGAAUGCGCCGGAACGGGUGUCUUCUUGCCUCGUCGAUACGACAACAACCCACCACAACCUCGCAAAAGAGCAGAUUAUGGCUCGAUUGCUAUGUUACCAAGGAGAAACGUACAGGACAUGACCCGAUCUGUUCCCCAAAUGACGUCAAAUCGCCGGAGCCAGGAAGCUAUAAUGGGUCAAAGAAACGCCAUUUUCGCAGAGCAGAGGCUAAGCUAUUCCCGGCCGGCUGAGAGAGGCAAAAGCUAUGAGUUUCUUCUUCCUCAGGAGUGGACAUACUGAAUUAACACUAAUGAAAUCUGAAUGUAGUUCAAGUGUUUUUUUAGAUUAGUGAACUAUAAAGAAAUGAAUUAAGGGUUGUAAUUUAAGAAGGGAAAAGGGGAUUGUUUGCAGGACUUCAGUUACCAGUUAGUUUUUUAUAGAUGAAGGACCGAGUAUGCAGUGUUCAUCAUUCUUCAGACAGCGCGGAAAGAGAAAAGGAUAUUUAUUGAACAAUGGGGUUUUAGGAAACGAGUGAAAGAGAGAUUGUAAUAAUUUUUGUGGGUUUCUUAAUUGAAAUACAUAGCUAUAGCUAUUAACCCUUCUAAGACUAAUAAAUUAUUUGUUGAUUUAUCAUUA